AUGUUGGCUGCAGAGGGGAAGCACAGGUUCAUCUGUGAUGCAGACCUCUCCAUGCCCUUUGAACAGGUCGCCCGGUUCCUGGCGUCGGAAAUGCUUGAGGCAGACAUAAGUAUAGGGUCCAGGGAAAUGCCUUCCUCACGUAGAUACGGUGAACCGGAGCAUCGCCAGUUCAUGGGCAGGGUUUUCAAUUUGAUCAUUCAGGUCUUGGCGCUGCCCGGAGUGCGAGACUCUCAGUGCGGUUUCAAGUGCUUCAAGGCUGAAACCACCACUGUCCUGUUCGAACGGCAGACCUUGGCCGGGUUUGCAUUUGACGUGGAGAUCUUGUACAUGGCGCGGCAGGCGGGGCUGGAAGUUCGGGAAGUUCCCAUUGACUGGUACUAUCGGGAAGGCAGCAAGAUCAAGAAAAUGGAAAUGACCAGGACGGCAGACAAGACCAAAUUGCGCCGCGAUUGGAGCAAGGAGGCCAUAGACCUUGCGCUGAAGGGCGAGUGGCAGCGUGCAACGGAAGUAAACCAGGCUAUUUUGGCGCUAUACCCUGACGAUGUGGAGGCCAUGAACCGGUUGGGCAAGGCGUAUAUGGAACUUAGCGAAUUUAACAAGGCCAGGAAAGUUCUGGCUGAUUUGGUGGAGAAGGCUCCUUACAACGCCAUAGCCAAGAAGAAUCUGGCCCGACUGGAACAGUUGGAAAACGCGCCGUCAGGCGGCCGACAGACAAACAAACAGGGGAGCGCACCCAGGCUAUUCAUUGCCGAAACUGGUAAGUCUGGCACCACUGUGCUUCAGAGGCAAGCAUCCGCGACUUUGGUGGCCAGCAUUGCCCCCGGUGAUCCGGUCAAUUUAGUGGUCAAGAACAAUGCGAUUUUGGCGUAUGCUCGGGAGGAGGAGUAUCUCGGGCAAGUCGAAACCAAGCUUGCCCGGCGACUAUCUCGUCUCAUAAGCGGAGGCAAUCGAUACGAGGCAGCGGUCAUCGGGAUUAACGAUUGGGGCAUCACCAUCAUUAUUCGGGAGACUUAUCGUCACCCCAGCCUGCACAAUAUAGGCUCAUUCCCCACCAACGCCAGGGGUGAAAAAAGGACUCAACUGAACCAGGACAUUUUGAAGUAUCUGGAGAACGCGGACCUGGACGAGGACGGCGAGGAAAACAACCUUGACUAUGCAGGUGUUGCCGACUUCGCGGGCGAGUGGGACGAGUAG